GUGUAGAGGUCAAAGGGCAGGUGAUGCUGCUUCCGGCGGCUGGUGGCGGUUGGAGUACGUGAUGGCGAAGCAUCAUCCUGACUUGAUCUUCUGCCGCAAACAGGCGGGAGUUGCUAUUGGGCGAUUGUGUGAAAAAUGUGACGGUAAAUGUGUGAUCUGUGACUCCUACGUCAGGCCUUGCACGCUGGUGCGUAUCUGCGAUGAGUGCAAUUACGGGUCCUACCAAGGACGGUGUGUGAUCUGCGGUGGCCCAGGAGUCUCUGAUGCCUACUACUGCAAGGAAUGCACAAUCCAGGAAAAGGAUAGAGAUGGAUGUCCGAAAAUUGUUAAUCUUGGCAGCUCAAAAACGGACUUGUUCUACGAAAGGAAAAAGUAUGGCUUCAAGAAGAGGUGAUCCCAGAAUGACUGCAGGAAAUCUUUUUAUGUUCCAUUUGAAUGUGGGGACAGUGGAGCGUUGUUCAAUGUUGCUGCUUCUCUGUUUUUAAUAGUGGGGUCUUCAAGGCAAAAAUGGGCAGAAUCUGCAGCAGGGCAAGGUGCGCACGGUAACAGACUCUUUAAAAACAAAAUUACUGGGAUAUUUUCUCUCAGUAUUGUUAUUGGAGGUGAAUAAUCAAUUUUGGUCAGUGGAGAUCUUUCUCUAAGCCAGAACAAAACUACCAUCAUCAAUCAGUGGACUUGGGUGCCAUCUUUAAAGAAGAUGUGAGAUUAGUAACUGGAAUAUCUUGAAUCAGUAAGUGUUAAUAAUUCACUCUCUGCAAGCUUUUUGUCAUGUUUCACAUUCAUGUACCAGAGGCAGAUGAUUGCUUCCUCCUCUCCCUGUUAUCUCACUCUUGUCAGAUGAUUUCAUUUUUAUCUUGGAUUUUAUAUUUGGUUUGACAUCUUUUCCUGAGGAGCUCUAAAGUUGUGGAGUGCUGGAACUGUGUUGUCCUACGGCCCUCCAUCCCUGGCCUCCAGCAACUCCCUUUCUUUCCACUGUCUGAGGAAGGGUCCCGAUCCAAAACGUCAUCUGUCCAUAUUCUCCAGAGAUGCUUAGGAAGGAACUGGAGAUGCUGGUUUACACCGAAGAUAGACGCAAAAUGCUGGAGUAAUUCAGCGGGCCAGGGAGCAUCUAUGGAGAAAUGGAAUAGGAGACGUUUUGGGUCGAACCCCUUCUUCACACUGAGAGUCGGGGAAGGGGAAACUAGAGGUAGUGAAAGGCCUUUUCUCCAGAGAUGCCGCCAGACCCGCUGAGUUACUCCAGCAUUUUGUGUCCCUCCUUGCAAAGUUAACUGACCACACUCACACUCUGUGAGCACAUUUUAUAUUUCACUUGCCAUUUCUCUUUAAGAUGUAGCAUGACUGGUACAGUUUCAAAAAUAUCCAUUAUAACACCCUUGUCUCAUUGAGUGACCAGACUGCAUGAGGUGUGCCAAGUCCAAAAUUGAUCUCCGUUGAGUUAAAACGUGAUUGAGAUGACACAGUCUGAGACCAAGAAGAAUCAAACACCGAGUGCAGUCUCGACCCGAAACGUCACCUAUUCCUUUUCUCCAGAGAUGCUGCCUGUCCCGCUGAGUUACUCCAGCUUUUUGUGACUAUUACCGGGUAUACCUACCUCUGUUUUCUCUGCAGUAGUUUUUGGAUGGAACAUGUGUGUCUUCUGGGGACAGAAUCACACUCUUUUCCAAUAGAUUUCAUACAGCAUGUGGCACAAGUAGCAUUCCAAGUCCAGCUGUCCAAACUUAAUUUUUGUUUGAUAUUUUGCCAGGCAAUCCAGUCAGAGCAAACAUGUUUAGGAUAUUCCACGUGCAGCUCCAUGCUAUAAUGGGAGAGUUACCAGAGGGGUGAGCUUUCUGUCUCAUUCUCAUGAGCUUUACACAGUGUGUGUGAGUGCAUCAGGCUGAAAAACACAGCCCUAAAAUCAGUGAGUAACGUUGCCAGCUUUUUUGUUAAGGCAGUAUCAAAGGAAAGAUUUGAAGUGUGCAUUAGGCAUCAGGGAAACCACACUCCUUAAGAUGCCAAUCAAGUGUGAGUAAGCCUCUCCAGCUUUCAGCACUGUAAGCAAAGUGCUGUCGUUUCUGAAACAGCUACAGGACGAUUCAUUGGGGUUCCCUUAUUUUCUGCUUGACUGCGUUAAAUAGUUUGGUACGGUUAUGGCUUCUUUAUUAGGACUUUUAUAAUAAAUAAUAAUACACUUUAUUACGGACUCGAGGUCCAGACAAGGGGCAACAUUACAUUAAAAAAAAAUGCAUUGUAUAUUAAAUAUCAUAAAGUGCAUAUAAAAUCUUAGUAUAUCACUUAUAAAAGCAUCAUAAAUUAUAUAUUUUUAAAAACACAAUACAUAAGUUAAAAAUCCAGAUUAAAAGAAUGAUCAAUGUCCUACAACGAGACAACGAUACCUGUGUCUCCACAGCAGUUGGGUAAAGUAAAAACAUCUUGAUGGCUUGCGUCCUUGAGAAUAAAACAUCUCAUGUCCUCCAGUAAUUGCUCACCCUGUAUAAUGCCCAGUCUGCCCCAAAAAAAAACUUGUCAAAAGUGCCAAAGUCGGGCACUGAAGGAAGAGUUUUCAGUCUGUGACUCUCAUCCUGCAAGUGCUAGGUUUUACUUGGCUCCAGGCGUGUACCGCUUCCUGAUGCUGUGGUGGUGACUGAUCUUGACAGCUGAGUUCCUGGUCCAGUACAUAGAGACCUAGAGGGAGAGAGAAAUGCUAUUAGGAUGGCGUUGGCACGCUUUGACAGAGACAUUUUAUAUUCCAGAGAGUCAAGUUUAGAACAUGUAGAUUAAACCAGCACAGGGCCUUAUCCUGGACAAUUCUUGUUUAACCUGGGAGAAUUAUCAGAAGCUAGUGGCUUGUCGCCAUUUAAGAUUAUGCCUCUUUAAAUGUAGGAAAAAUAAAUUAAUAUGGAAGAUAGACCCAAAAUGCUGGAAUAACUACGAGUCUGGAGAAAAAGGAUUAAGUGAUGUUUCGGGUCGAGAGUUUUGGGUCUACAUUUGGUGUAAACCAGCAUCUGCAGUUCCUUCCGACGCAAAAUAAAUCAAUAUAUGUCUGAGGAAGGGUGCCGACCCAAAACGUCAGCGAUCCAUGUUCUCCAGAGCUGCUGCCCGACAUACUGAGUAACUCCAGCACCACUUUUUUUUUUAUAAACCAGCAUUUGCACUUCCUUGUGUCUUCAGUAUAUACUUGGUUCAUCUGAAGGAAAUGUAACCCAAUGUGCGGGUAAUACAACAGAAUAAAGAUGCUUAACGCAGGAGUCCCUUUUAAAAUCUGCUUCUAAUCCAGAUAUUUUGAGGAGAUGGCCAUUGUGACUCUUUGAUUCCUCCUGCACUGCCACUGAUUGUAACUGGUCCACACUGCCCAAAGAUAAGGGUAAAAUAACACCAGCAACACAUGAAAGACUGGCUGCUUGAUCGGCCAUUUUGAGUGAGUGUCCCCACCUUCACUUGUCAUUGAAGAAUGUUUGAAUGCUUUGAUUAUUGAACAAUGAUUGUUCCCACUUCAAGAAUUUUUUGAAUAAAUAAUUUUUUCCUAUG